AUGCCGAAGGUACCAGAUGCGGUAAUAACACCAGCAGAUUUAACUAUUGAUGAUGACCAGUUACUAAAUAACGGCAGUGACCCUAGUUCAGAAGUAAGAUUAUCUACAAAAGAUGAAGCCUCUCAAGACUUGAAUUCUCCAUCAACGCAACCUCCAACGAAUGACACACAGCAAGCACAGGACCUCGCCAAGCAGCAAAAAGCAUCAGAGCAGAUGUCGAGUUAUGUGAAAUUUCUUAAGGAUAUUCUCACAAACAAGAGAAAGAUUGGGGAAAAUGAAACAGUUGCACAGACAUAUGAGUGUAGCGCUUUGUUUCAAAACAAUCUCUCUACUAAAAUGAAGGAUUCUAGGACUUCUACAUUGCCCUGCACCAUAGGAGGGAAGAUGGUCGGAAACGCACUGUGUGAUUUAGGGUUAAGCAUAAAUUUGAUGCCCUUGUCAAUUUUUAAGAAGCUGGACAUCGGCGAAGCAAGGCCGACCACGAUCACAUUACAACUAGUCGAUAGAUCAAUGAAGCUUCCGAAGGGCAAGAUAGAAGAUGUUCUCGUGCAAGUGGACAAGUUUAUCUUCCUAGCAGACUUUGGUAUACUUGAUUAUGAGGCCUAUAGAGAAAUUCCUAUCAUCCUGGGAUGCCCACUUGCUACAGGGCGGGCAUUAAUCGAUGUGCAGAAAGGAGAGUUGACCAUCUGGGUCGAUGAUCAAAAAUUAAAAUUCAACGUACUCAAUGCGUUGAAGUACCCAGGAGACAUAGAGAACUGCCAAUAUAUCGAGGAGCUGUGGGGAGAACAGUGGCACGAACCCCUGAAGGAGACGGAGGAGGAGGAUUCUAAAGUCGGAGCAAUGUUGGAGGAGGAAUGCGCUGCAAUUCAUAUAGAAUCUAAUUUUGAACCGCUCAAGUUAUCUGAAUGGACAUCGCAGCGCAUCAAGUCAUCUUUAGAAGAGCCACCUGUGUUAGAGUUAAAGCCAUUGCCAGUACACCUAAAAUAUGCUUACUCAGGAAGCAACGACUCAUUACAGAUCCACUUGGAGGAAGGAAAGAAUGGAUCAAUAGAAAGGCAACACCGCUUGAACCCUGCCAUGAAGGAGGUUGUAAAGAGGGAAAUAGUAAAGUGGCUGGAUGCAGGUGUUAUCUACCCAAUAUCUGAUAGCAGUUGGGUGAGCCCAGUGCAAUGUGUUCCAAAGAAAGGGGGGAUGACAGUCAUCACUGAUGACAAGAAUGAAUUGGUUCCCACAAGGACAACUACAGGGUGGAGAAUCUGCAUGGAUUAUCGCAAGCUGAAUUUGGCCACUAAAAAGGACCACUUUCCACUCCCGUUUAUCAAUCAGUUGUUAGACAAACUUGCAGGGAAUGGAUUUUUCUGCUUUCUUGAUGGCUAUUCAGGGUAUAACCAAAUAUCAAUUGCACCGGAGGAUCAAGACAAGACAAACUUCACGUGCCCAUUUGAGUUUGCAUUCCGACGCAUGCCAUUUGGACUCUGUAAUGCACCGGGCACUUUUCAAGGAUACAUGAUGGCAAUAUUCUCAGAUUACUUGGAGGAGUCAGUCGAGGUAUUCAUGGAUGAUUUCUCAGUCUUCGGCAGUAAUUAUGAUUCCUAUUUGACUAACCUCGAAAAAGUCUUGAAGAGAUGCAUGGCAACAAAUCUUGUUCUGAACUGGGAGAAAUGCCACUUUAUGGUGGAGGAAGGAAUAGUUCUGGGUCACAAAAUCUCCAAGGUAGGAUUGGAAGUCGAUCAGGCAAAAAUCGAUGCAAUUUCCAAAUUACCUCCACUUGUGAAUGUAAAGACACUUAGAAGCUUUCUGGGACACGCGGGAUUUUAUAGAAGAUUUAUUCGCAACUUCUCCCAGAUUGCAAGACCCUUAAGUGCACUUCUAGAAGCUGAUUGCGAGUAUAAUUUUGAUGACGACUGCUCCAAAGCAUUUAGCACCUUGAAAGAGGCACUAAUCUUUGCACCAAUUUUUAUUGCGCCCGAUUAG